CUAUUACAGCUUCUGGAGUCUGAAACCCUGCAACUAGAAGCCUUUUUGGAGUGGAAGCAACUGGAACCGGUUUAUUGGCAGUGGAUGGAAACUGUGUUAGAUGAUAUGGCUGAAGAGGGAAAUACGUGCGAGUCUCAGGACACUCCUGUAGAGACAAGCGGGCUGCCAAAGGUGACCUCGUGCUGCCCCUGGGCUGACGGGCUGACUGGGCAGAUUGACAGAUUAUCCAGGGAUCUAACGACUCUCCGUGACCAACUGCAGAAGCUUGUAACUCGCCGAAAGGCUGUGUGGUGUGAGAAGGUGAAAACAAGAGAGAAAGAACUACAGGAGGAGUUCUCUGCCACAGCUAGAAAGAUACAGGAAAAUGUUGAACUAAAACUGCUAGAUCUUACACACCUUUGUGCUCCGAAAAAGAAUAAAAUGCACGGUUCGCACAGGCUGGUGUUCAGAAGUAAAGAUCCUGCCAGCAAACCAGGCUUUGCUAGGGCUGUAUCCAAGGAGUCUGCUUCAGCUGUCAGUGCCACGGAGGUGAUCAGAGAGCUGCAGAUGAGAGAGGCCAGCCUGGAGCGAGAGCUGAAGCAGCUGCAGGAAGAGUGCAGGCACAGGCUGGAUGAAAUUGCGGAAGGGUUGGAUGGAGUGAUUUGUAUCUCCCCGUGA